AUCUAGGGGGCGAUGGCGGUUGAGGAAAUGACCACCGGUAUGAGAGGAGGCUAUCAAUCAGAUAAAGACCAGAAGCAGGCGUCAGACUCGGCUUUCAACCUAGCCACCCCGGCCCAAUCAAGCUGCUCCGCACAGCCUCUUGUACUAAGCGAUCCGCGCCUGGCCAGCGAGGACCGCUAGGGACCUGGAGGCGGGCCCGGCGCAGGGAGGGCGGGCCAGCGCAGGGGACCGGACGCAAAGGAACCGGAACCCUUCAGCUGAGGGCGCCUGUUUCCAGAGGGAGCUCGGAUCCUGACGUCAAAGUUUCCAGCCGGCUUUCGGAGUCUCUUUGCGUCCCUGCGUAUCAGAGAUGUGGAAUUGGCGGUGACGAUGAGGCAGAAGCACUACCUUGAGGCUGCGGCAUGGAAACUACAAGAUAGCUGCCCGGGCCAGGCCCGCUAUCUCCUCUGGGCCUACAGUUCGUCACACGAUGAUAAAAGCACUUUUGAAGGAACAUGUCCAUACUGUUUCCAGUUGCUGGUUCCAGAUAAGUCUAGAGUGCGCCUCAAGCCCAAGCCCAAACUGACACCCAAAAUACAGAAACUUCUUAAUCGAGAAGCAAGAAAUUAUACACUCAGUUUUAAAGAAGCAAAAAUUCUGGAAAAGUACAAAGAAUCCAAAAGUGUAUUGCUGAUUACUUGUAAAACAUGCAACAGAACAGUCAAGCAUCAUGGUAAAAGUAGAAGCUCUCUAUCAGCAUUCAAGAGCAAUCCUUCCACUCCUGCAAGUAAACUCAGCCUGAAGACCCCAGAGAGAAAGACUCUAAGCUCUGCAAAUCUAAAUCCUGUUAUGUCUGGUUCCAAAGGCAAGAGCCCAGCUUUGAAUUUCAGAACACCUACAUCUGGACAGUCAACACCUAUUAGUUCCUCAAAGAAUGUGAACAAAACAAAGAAACGCUUCUCUCAACUAAAAAUGUUGCUUAGUCAGAGUGAAUCCGAAAAGAAUCCAAAGGUGGACUUCAGAAAUUUCUUAUCUUCUUUGUAAAGGAUGGACUAUGAAAAAAAAAAAAGUUCAAUACAGUUUCUGAAACUAACUCAGAAAAACAGCUUUUUAAAAAACUUCUGUUUAUUCUUAAAAUACACAGAAUCUAGGGUCCAAGAGCAAAAUUUUCUUGGCAUUCUUCAGUGUUUAUGGAGAAAAUACUUCAUUAGAAUGAAAAACUGAAACCUGGCUGCCUUGUAGGGUGAUUGUGAGGAUCAAAAAUGUAAAAAUGGUCCUUGUAUGUAGUAAAGAUAUAUAUGGACAUUGAGUGGUUAUAUGAUUAUUUUCUCCUCCUUUAAUUAAGUUUUCAUUAUUUACAUAAUUUUCUUUCAUAAGAAAUUUGAGGCCUUUAUAAGAGGGUCCACUCACUCCUUUCUAGGUGUCUACAGCCUUAACACUAAUUCAGAAAAAGAAUAAAGAAUGUGUGUCCUUGUA